GUCAGUUGUCAAAAUCAUAUUAUCAGUGUGAAAACGACGACGACGACGAAAACUUUUCCAGAAAACCUAAUAAAAUUCUCAUAUAAAACAUCAAAAUGUUAGGAGUGAUUAGAAAAGAAGUUUUAUGGAUUGGUUUAAUUUGUUUUCUGACUUUAACAUACAGUCAACGGCUUGGGGCUAUAAAGAAUCCAAAUACAAACAUUGAUCAAGAUGGAAAUGAACAUGAAUUAUCAAGGAUUAAGAGAAUGAGCCUGCAGAAUGUUUCAAGUACCAGUGAAGCUAGUGUUAGUAAUGAUGUGAGCAAUUCUUCAAGUUCCACUGGUUCUACCAGUUCCACUAGUGAGAAUCCCAAUAUUAAUGUCUAUGAAAUAGGCGCCUCCAAUUCCUCGAUACUUUCCAUAACGUCAUCGAACGGCUCGGCAACAUCUCUAAAUGGAUCUGUACCUAGCCCUUCAGAUGGAGCACCUUUGCCUGAAAAAAGCUCAGCUGAGGAUGAACACAACAGUUCCAUGGCCAUAUUUUUUGUCUUGUGUAUCCUUGCUUUAGGUAUUCUUUUGAUUCAUUUGAUGUUGCAAACAGGAUUUUCAUAUUUACCUGAGAGUAUUGUUAUUGUUUUCCUCGGAGCCCUAAUUGGUAUGUUAAUCAACUUGUUAUCUAUUCGUAAUAUAGCAAAUUGGAGGAAAGAGGAAGCAUUUUCUCCUACUGCAUUCUUUUUAGUGCUUCUACCACCUAUAAUAUUUGAGUCAGGCUAUAAUCUUCACAAAGGCAAUUUUUUUCAAAAUAUUGGCUCAAUACUUUUGUUUGCCAUAGUGGGUACUGCUAUAUCGGCAUUUGUCAUUGGAGCUGGAAUAUAUUUACUUGGUUUGGCUCAGGUUGUAUAUAAGUUGAGUUUUGUUGAAUCCUUUGCCUUUGGAUCUCUGAUAUCAGCUGUUGAUCCAGUGGCCACUGUCGCCAUUUUCCACGCUUUGGAUGUAGAUCCUGUAUUGAACAUGUUGGUGUUUGGUGAAAGUAUUCUCAAUGAUGCAGUAGCCAUUGUUCUUACAACAGCAGUGCUGGAUUCCAACGGUCCUGAUAUGUCUACCAGUGAGGCCAUCCUGUCUGCUAUCAAUCGAUUCUGGCUAAUGUUCUUUGCAUCAGCUGGUAUAGGGGUGCUUUUUGCUCUUGUCAGUGCUCUUCUUCUCAAACAUGUUGACCUCCGCAAGAAUCCCUCUCUUGAGUUUGGUAUGAUGCUGGUGUUUACAUAUGCCCCAUAUGUGCUAGCUGAAGGCAUUCAUUUAUCAGGCAUUAUGGCAAUAUUAUUCUGUGGAAUAGUGAUGUCGCACUACACACAUUUCAAUCUAUCUACAGUAACCCAGGUUACUAUGCAGCAGACUAUGAGAACUCUGGCAUUUAUAGCUGAAACAUGUGUUUUUGCUUACCUUGGCCUGGCUCUAUUUAGUUUCCAUCACCGAGCUGAGCCUGCCCUGGUGGUAUGGAGUAUAGUCCUGUGCCUGCUAGGCAGAGCUGCAAACAUAUUCCCACUGGCUUUGCUCUGCAAUAAGUUCAGGGAGCAUAAGAUUACUAAGAAGAUGAUGUUUAUCAUGUGGUUUAGUGGAUUAAGAGGUGCCAUAUCUUACGCGUUAUCACUUCAUCUCGGGUUUUCGAACGAGACUCGACACGUGAUUAUAACUACUACACUUAUCAUCGUCCUGUUUACUACACUCUUCUUCGGUGGAUCAACUAUGCCGCUACUUAAGUUCUUACGGGCUAAUAAGAAAAGUAAGAGGUCUCGAUCCCAGCGCAAACAGAAGGAAGUAAGCUUGUCAAAGACAAAAGAAUGGGGACAGGCUAUUGACUCUGAACACUUGUCAGAAAUCACAGAAGAGGAACUUGAGGUUAAUUAUUCCCAUGCAACAAGAUUACGUGGUUUCGUGCGGCUGGACAUGAAGUAUUUGACACCAUUCUUCACAAGAAGAUUCACACAUCAGGAACUCAAGGAUUGCAAGAGCCAAAUGACAGACCUCACCAACCAGUGGUACCAGGCUAUUAGGAUAUCAAACGACCGCGACACGGAUGAAGAGGAAAUCCUGCCGACAAACUCUCACUCCAACUCACUUAAUAGUCUACAAAGAGGAGUAUAGAUAGGUAUUAAACGAAUCAGUAUUAGAACCUACUUAUUUUACAGAUUUUGAUUGCAGGGAUUUUAUAGUGACAUAUUUAUAGCUUAUUGUAAAACAUAACCCAAAUUAUUCGAGAUGUCGAUGUGUAAUGUAAUGAUUGAUAAGUUUUAGUCUAUAUUUGUUUUAUAAUCUGUGGCUCUCGAAUAAUUUGUUGUCGAUAACAAACGAAGAAUACAUUUAUUUAUUUCCAGAAUUUUCUCUAUCUGACUCUUAAUGUUAGAUUUAAAUCAGAAGUAUUUUUAUGUGAUUCAUAUUGUGAUGCUAGGGUUAUUUUAGUUAUUUAGAAGUUUCAGAGUAAAUUAACUAAUACAUGAAACUUGUGUGAGGCAGCCAUAAAGUACACCAGGGUUAAGUCGAGCCUAUAUCCUAGCCGCCGGCAAUGUUAGAUUAGGCUGGUGGCUUUUGCUACCAGAGUCAUUAUUUUAACCCUGCCAAUCUUUCGUACUAUGAAAACUAAGCCGCGGGCUCAAAGCCGCCCGGCACAGGCCUUUUGCCCGCGUUUUCUUGUGGAUAACCUUUAAAAAGUCAAAGUUCUGUUGUUUUUGGUUGUGUUGUAUUCACAUUAAAUGUGUAGUUAGAUAAAUGUGUAAAUAUAUUACGAUUGUGUAGGCGUAAACGCAAUCUAGUCGAUUCUUAUUGUCAUAUUUUAUUCAAGUUUAAAGUAUGUAAUACAACGAGUUGCGUUGUUGCGCCUUAGGUAUGGCAAUUUUGUGAGGCUUGAUGUAAAAAUAUUUUAUGUCUUUAAAUAAUGGAUUUAAUUCAUUAUAAUCAUAAUUGAAUCAAUUUGUUUGAGAUAUAGUUUCUAUCUCUAAAGUUAUAUUGACAUUUGUACUUCAUACUAUGAACUAUAUACUACUCUAGCAUUUUGUUCACCUUAUUGAACAUACUUCUGUAAGUUGUUCCUUUUUAGCUUUAAAUAUAACCACUGGCAUUCUAUUGUAAUAUAAUAGUGAAUUGUGACUCCACCAUUCAGUUUUACAUUGGAUAUAAGAUUGUAAUUAUGUAAAGAUCUAUCCUGUGCAUAGUUUAUGUGUACUUAAUGAAUGGUGAAGUUCUAUUUAUUAAAAAAUGUACACAUUUGUAAUGUAAAACCAUGUUUCAUUCCAUUUAUCUAUAAAGAUGUAUCUUUAUAAUCUUAACGCUUGACCAAAAAGCAUAUAAUGCUUUCAUUAUCAAUGUUUAAGUUGCACAAAAACCAGUGUGGAAAUCAGUGAAAUAUUUUAUAUUUUAAAGAGAGGAAAUAGAAGUUUUGUCAAUAUUUACAAAUAAAACAAUUUUUUAUUUUAUCAGAUGUUACAUUAAAAUAAAUCUAUAGCAUACUUUUUUGUGUGACUGAAUUGGUUUUACAAAUUAAGAAUAAUUGGUUCCUGUAUUGACAGUAUUUUUAGUUUAAUAUGAUUGUAAAAACCUACAAAUCAACAACUUAUUGUUUUUAUAAUACAAAAUGAAACAAAAUGUACCUAUGUUGUGAAAGCAUAAUAAAUACACAUUGCAAUGGACCAUGCA